UUUUCGCCUGCACUCAAAUCGCCAGCGGUUUGCCAUUCUCGUUUCGCAAGUUUUGUUAUCCCACAAAACCAAAAAUAAGAGGGAUUUUUAUACCCUUUAGGAUAUAAAGAUGAAUUCCCUGAUACACCGUAGUGUUAGAUCACAUACUAAACUACUACAGAGAUUUAGGCUAUACAAAACAACGAUUCUACCAUCUACUGGCUUGAUUUCUUCCAGGCAUUAUGCAACAGAUGGUGAAGUUGAUUUGGUAGUAAUAGGAUCGGGGCCAGGUGGUUAUGUUGCUGCCAUUAAAGCUGCACAGCUCGGUAUGAAGACUGUAUGUGUAGAAAAGAACCCAUCCCUUGGAGGAACAUGCUUGAACGUUGGAUGUAUACCUUCCAAGGCCCUCUUGAAUAACUCACAUCUGUACCAUCAAGCAGUCUCAGAUGACUUCAAAAACAGAGGAAUUGAUGUUUCAGGAAUUUCACUCAAUUUGAAACAAAUGAUGACACAGAAAGAGAAUGCAGUCAAAACAUUAACAAAUGGAAUUGCACAUUUGUUUAAACAAAAUAAGGUGACUGAAGUGCAUGGAAGAGGUACAAUCACCAGUCCCAAUGAGGUGACAGUAUACAAAGAUGAUGACACUACAGAGGUUAUCAACACCAAGAAUAUUCUCAUAGCAACAGGUUCAGAGGUUACACCCUUUCCUGGAAUUGAGGUUGAUGAAAAACACAUUAUUUCCUCUACUGGAGCUUUGUCCCUUCAGAAUGUACCCAAAAACCUUGUUCUAAUAGGUGCAGGUGUCAUCGGGGUUGAGUUGGGAUCUGUCUGGUCAAGACUUGGUUCUAAAGUUACUGCUGUGGAGUUUCUCGGACAUGUUGGAGGAAUCGGAAUUGACAUGGAAAUAUCGAAGAACUUCCAAAGAAUUCUUCAAAAGCAAGGAGUCAAGUUCAAGCUGAAUACCAAAGUAACUGGUGCAAGCAGAACAGCAGAAGGUGUUAUCGUAAGUGUGGAAUCAGCCAAAGAUGGAUCAAAGAAAGAACAGUUGGAAUGUGACGUCCUCCUGGUGUGUAUUGGCAGAAGACCCUAUACUACUCGGCUUGGUUUAGAGAAAAUUGGCAUCCCUCUGGAUUCACGAGGAAGGGUCACAGUAAACAGCAAAUUCCAGACUGUCAUCCCAAACAUCUAUGCCAUUGGGGAUUGUAUUGAUGGACCUAUGCUGGCUCACAAGGCUGAAGAUGAAGGUAUAAUCUGUGUUGAAGGGAUGAAUGGAGGUGCAGUCCACAUUGACUAUAACUGUGUUCCCAAUGUCAUCUACACUCAUCCUGAAGUGGCCUGGGUAGGAAAGUCAGAGGAAAUUUUGAAGGAAGAGGGUGUAAAAUACAAGACAGCCAAGUUCCCUCUAUCAGCAAACAGUCGAGCCAGAACCAAUAAUGAAAUCGAUGGUGUUGUAAAGGUGAUUGCAGACAAAGAUACAGAUCGGUUGCUAGGAGUCCACAUGAUAGCACCAGCAGCUGGUGAGAUGAUCAAUGAGGCUGCCUUAGCGAUGGAGUAUGGAGCAUCAUGUGAAGACAUUGCAAGAGUCUGUCAUGCUCAUCCGACUGUUUCAGAAGCGUUCCGUGAGGCUAACGUCGCAGCUUUUGCAGGAAAAGCCAUUAACUUUUAAUUCAAACUAUUAUCCAGUUGAACCUUGUAUUAAAACCAGCUAUUGGACGAGGCAGUGAUUUGGAUUCACUUUUUGAUUAUUAUUACGAUCUGUGAGUCUUGUAAAACAACUAUCUAGUCUUGGUAAAGGUUAAUUAACUGCUCGAAAUUAGAGAGAGGGCUAAAGAGUGUACAAAUACCAAAAGAGAAAAACUUUAUUCAAGCCUUCCAUCGCAAGGCGAAUCUUGUUUUUUAGCACAUCUUUGUAAAGAUGAAAAUAUAUUUGGUUUCUUUUUUCUUGUUUCAAUAAAAUCCAAACAGACUGGAAUCUGGAA